AAAGUAAUACAAUCACAUGUUAUGCGUUAAAUGUAUAGUUUUUAUAUGUGAUCUAUUUAUUGAGGUUAAAAGAAAGAAGUUUAAAAAUAUAAAUAUUUAUAAAUUAUAAAUAUAUAUUAUAAUUAAAAAUAUGGUAGAUAUAGAACAUUCAGGAAAAGAAGAACACAGAGAAUCCUUCACUAUUUUUGGAGAACCAGUAAUCAAAACAAAAUGUCAAAGAAAUGCUUUCAUAACUGCUAUUACUGGUGGCAUAAUUUGUGGAUUAAUAUCAUUUUUAAUAACAAGUAAUUCAAGAAAAUCUACACGAAUAGGAAUGGCUUCUUAUGGUACAAUAGGAAUUAGCUAUGCAAUAUAUUGUGCAGUUGAUGAAAUUAAUACAAGAAAUGAAUUAAAAAAACUUAGGCACCUUAUGUAUAAAACACCUAAUUCGGAUAAUACUAGCAAUAAAAAAUUAGUUGAUGUAUGAAAUAUAUUUGAAAGUGUUUGAAAUUUUUAUAAAAUCUGUAAAUAAUAGUUAUAAUGUAGUUAUGAUAAUAAAAAGAUACAAUAAUAUUUUUUUUAUCAAAAAUAUAAAUACAAUAGUAAAUAUCAAAUAUUUAAAAUGAAUUAUAAGUAAAUAUUAAUAAUAAAAUAUGUAU